AUUUUGGAUUAUUCCAAGAGAAUUACUGAGAUCAUAGUCCAUAGAACCCAGGAUUGAUAUGACUAGAAGGCAAGAAAUUAAGAUGAAGAUAUGGUGAUCUGGUAUAACAGGAUCUUGAGGAGCAGGGUACAGGACAAGAAGUAUGAUGGUGAAGACUUCACAGAGGAAGCAUUGUGACUGUGGAAAACUAUCCAAACCAAAGCCUGGUUUAAACAUCUCAAUCCCUUUGAGGAUGUCCAGUUACAUAUUCAAGAGACCAGUGACUAGAAUCACAGCCCAUCCCAGCAAUGAGGUCAGAUGUUAUCCCUGGGAGGAAACAUUGGACAACCCCCAGCAGCUGUACUGGCAGAAGAGACUGCAAGGACUCCAGGCUUGCAGCAGUACAGGAGGACUGUUAAGUCCUCUGGAUCUAGCCAGAGUCUUGCGGAAAAUUGCACCAAGUUGCCCAGGUGAGUCCCUUCCACGGGUACAUGCAGGUGGUCCAAACUCCAACCCCAUGGCCGCCCCUGGCUGGUCUUCAGAUUUGUCGCAGACCAUUCCAGGAGCUGGUUCCAGCACCCCACAGCUCCUCUGCAAACAGUGUCUGGUAACUGAGGAGGAUAUCAGGAAUCAGGAAAGGAGAGUGAAGACAGCAAGAGAGAGACUGGCAAUAGCACUGGUUGCCGACAGACUGGCUGGUGAGGCAGAGAAAGUGUGGGACCAAGAAGGAUGCCCUGGGCCAAUGCUGUGAAGAAGAAGAGAAGAUGAUGCACAUGAAAUUUCACACAACACUUUAUUAACACCUCUUUGCAGUGUUCUUGCUUUGAGUUCUUGAAACUUAAUAUAUACUAAUACUUUCCUUCAUUGUAAAUUCUGUGUGACAGAAAAUAUAGACAGGGAUUUCCUUUUGAGAUGGGAAAUUGAGUUCUCUCAUUUUUAAUUACUAUGUAUGUUAUUUGUAUUUUAAAGUUAACAGUUAUCAAAGUCCUGAGACUACUCAAGGUUUUGCUCUCACAGUUACAAACUCCCUAGUCUGAAUUACAUUUUUUGUGUGUGUUUGUAAUAUUUCCCAAUAGAUUCCCAAACAACACCUCAUUAAAAGAAUUUUACAUCUAUAUUC